AUGAGCGGUGUUCCAGAUCGCCGUCGGAUAAAGCGCUCCAAUCGAAGUCAGAGUUCAGAUCAGCCGCCCUCUUCACCCCAGCCGAGGAGACCUCCUCUGGACCCUAAGGACGGGAGAUGGAUGGCCUGGAUCUCUUCAAUGACCGGGGCAGACCCCUCAGUCCCUCCAAGUCAUCAUCAACAAGGAAAUAAGCAAGGUCCGAAAAGAAGAAUUCCGUCAAGAAGUCAGAUCUGUAUUGAAGAAGAUGAGGAAACACAGAAUCCAGUGCCAGGAAGCGAGAGGCAAUGGGCUCGGAAGAAAGACAAGGGAAUCCCUGAUGUGGAGAGCACCGAAAUAUUCACAGAUGUUCACGAUGACAUGACCGAUGACAGUGUCAAAGAGUCCAAACCAAAGUCGGUGACCACUCGGGACGCUACAAAUGUGAGACGAUGCUUCUAUCCGAUUGUCAGGUCUUACACACGGGAAUUGGUAAGUUUGUUUUUGCUUUGAGAUUUGUUUUAGAUCGUUGCUCCUCAAUGCAAAUACAAGACAAUCUCAUUCCACAAGCAUCAACAUGUCUUCGAAACCGAUACCCAAAAACAAAUCACCCAUAAAAGAGCGAUGAGAUCCCGGGCGGAUCCAUGGAGAAGAUAUGGGGCUCAGCAAGCGAUCCACAGACUGGGCGGUCAUGUCAUCACCUCCAAUGUGAAGAAGAACAGGAAGACCAAAUACGUGAUCCCAGGGACUCCCAUGCCCCCUCCUCCAAGUAGGUUGUUCUUUGGUCGCGGAAGAUGACCUUUUCUCGAUCUUGUGUAAUGCAUUGCAAACGGAUCAUUCUUUCGACCUGCAGUAAUUGUAAAUACUAUCUCGAUUAAUGUUGAGUACUUACGAUGAUCGUUUUGCACUGUGCAUUCUCCUUUUGUUUUUCAGAAUUGAAGCCAAUCACCACCCUCAAGGAACUGUACGCCCGUCCUCUGAUCGGGGCCACUCGAAAGCCCAGUUUUCCCGAAGAGAAAGGUACUGAUAACACGCAUGCCCCUGAUCUGGAUGAUCCAGGAGAUUGCUGUUCUUCCCCUCCACCGUCUUCUCCUCAGUCGGAGAGGGAACGGUGA